GAUGGGUUAUUUUAUGCGACAGAGCUACUGCAACUAUGUACAACAUUGUAUUCACAUAAGGGCUUAAAAAUAGAUUGAAUAGUUCAUCGAAGGGUCGAUUCAAUCGUUCACUGUUUCCCGAUUUGAACGGCAUCGAGGAAAGCAAGCAAUAAGAUUAGCUAACCGAGGAGCGAGGAUCUACCGUGUGAUGCCGAACCUCAUAACUUCCGCACCAUGUACAGUUUCGUGAUUGGUGAAUGUCUAGUGAAGAUCUGUUCGGAUGAAAAGCUCGGACGAGUGCUAGUAGCAACCCGGGACAUUCAGGAAGGUGAAAUCGUUAUCAAGGAAUCCCCGUUGGUGCACGGUCCCGCGCAGAUCGUUGGACCCACGUGUGUUGGGUGUUUCAAGCCUUUGGAGGAAAAUAAGUACCUCGAGUGCGAGCGAUGUGGAUGGCCGGUUUGUAAGCGGUCGUGCCAGGAUCAACGGGGUCACCGGGCGGAAUGUGAGCUAACCGUGGCACGAGGAAGUAAGGUCUCGAUUCAACACUUCUACGUUCCUCAUCCUCUGUACCAAUGCUUGCUGCCACUUCGGUGCCUGUUACUGGCCGAAAGCGAUCCGGCCAGAUGGAAGGCACUGAUGCGUUUGCAGUCCCACGACGAAGAACGGCGCGGUUCGGAGCAGUGGCGUACCGAUCGGCGAGGAGUAGCGCAACUCAUCCCGAGGUUCUUCAAAUGCGACAACCGCUGGCAGGAGGAUGAUAUUCUGCAGGCGAUCGGUAUCAUUCAGGUGAACGGUCACGAGGUACCGCUGACGGAACCGGCAUCCGUUGCCAUCUACAGUGUCGCCUCGAUGCUGGAACACUCGUGCCGGCCUAAUCUUGCGAAAAGCUUUUCAGAUCAGGGCGAGAUCAUCCUGUGGGCACCGGUCGCUAUCGCAGAAGGUACACGGCUCAGCAUCUCCUACACCGAUGUGCUCUGGACGACGGCCCAUCGGCAAGCCCAUUUGUUGCAAACGAAACUGUUCGAUUGUGCGUGCGAUCGUUGUCUCGAUCCGACCGAGUUUGGCACAUUCUUCAGUGCGCUACGCUGUUCCGGUUUCCGCAAUAGCGAUCAGUCGUCUCAGAUGUGCAAGGGAUAUCUACUACCAUGCGAUAUGUCCGUCCAGGGGUCUGAAGGUGGUAGUGACGACGACUGGGUUUGUGGACGCUGCCAUGCGAAACAACCCGGUACGGCCGUUGCGCAAAUUCUCGAACGUGCCCGGAUCGACAUUCAAGCGAUGCAGAAGCAACGUGAGGAUCAUUGCGUGAAGUAUCUGCGCCAUUACGCCAAGUGGCUUACCCCGAACCAUCAGUACAUGGUCGAGGCGAAGAUGGCACUAUCACAGGCGAUCGGUGGAAGUGGACGGCCCGAACAUAUCCGGAAGCUACCGUACGGUAAGCUGACGAACAAGAUUAAAGCUUGCCAGGAACUGAUCGCUCUGUUCGAGAAACUCUGCCCAGCUGAAAGCCGUGCGUUUGGUGUGACCCGUUUCGAGCUGCAUGCAGCCCUCGCCGAACUCGGACGACGUAGCAUGGAAUCGAACAGCCGUUCAAGUGCACCGGCGGCCGUACCGCUACUCCAAGAAUCGCUACUCAACGCGAACGAGUGUGCCCGAAUGUUAACCCACGAACCGUCGGUACUGCUGGAGAGUCAAAUCUGUGCCCAGGCGAAGAUGAACGCGGAAACUCUCGGAAGACUGUUGGCUGGAUGUGAAAGAGAAUGAACCCGGUCCGUGUAAAAAGUGGAA